GAUUGCAGUGGAAACAGGUUAACAUUUUGUUAGAGAAAGGACUUGAUGCGCUGCCCGAUCGAACGUUGUGGAAGCGUGGAAAAGCUUCACUUCACACGGCGUCCAUCCAUCGGGGGGAGUGACAUUUAAUGAUUUGUUACUUAAUGAAGCGAAGUUUAAGUAAUUACAGAAACUUUCUGCUCAUCGAAUGAACUCACAACGACAGUGUCUUGCACAGAAAUCAACACGACUUAAUUUUUGAAAGGAAAAUAAUAAAACGAUGUCCAAGAACGUCACUCUGAUUUUCAUAGCGGUUGCAAUCAUUUGCGGGUGUAUCGGCUAUCCAGACAUGCCGGAAGAAGCAUUAUUGAAGGCAUUGUUCCAGAAAUACAAUAAGAAUGCGCGGCCAGCCACAAGAGUAGUGCCCGUAGUCAACGUUGACCAUAGCAUGGACCUCAUACGUAUCAACGACUUUAGACAGGAUACACUGAAAAGUGACGUCUGGGUGACAAUGCGAUGGCAUGACCCUCGCCUGACGUGGAAUCCGAGUAGCUAUUUCGGUUUAACGUCAUUUAGCAUCACUCCUGAUCUACUGUGGACACCGGAUGUGACGUUGUAUAACGGUGUCGGUGAAAUACAAAAGGCCGACUUGUCCAGAAGAAUCGUAGUCAAUAGCAACGGCAUGGUCCUCUGGCUCUACCCCUCUCAACUAGAGAGCACCUGUGUCACCAGAAACGAACAGGGGGAAAAUGUGUGUCGUCUAAAGUUUGGCUCCUGGACCUACAACGGACUACAGUUAAACCUCACUCAUUCAGACAGGCAGCUGGGUAUGUCCAACUACUAUCCUAAUUCAGAUUGGGAAAUCACGAGCACCAACUCUGUGCGGAAUGUGAUGAAGUAUGCCUGUUGUCCUGAACCGUAUCCCGAUGUGUCCUAUCAGCUGUCAUUUAAAAGUGCUGUCAAAGGAUAAAUGAAGUUGACAGACGGCAAGCAUAAUUUAUUUCUAAUGAACUUUGUUGAUAAUAUUUAUCGAUUUCGUGCUGUUUUAAUAAGUAUUUAUCUACAAUAUAAAUGUUUAUGAGACCAUUCAACACAUUUUCGUCAAUUGAAUUUGCUAUGAAAGGUUGAAACUGAAUUGUGAUUUACAAAAUAUUCGUUCUUUAGCAAAAUUAGGUAUUUUUGUUUCGCUUAAUGUCGAAUACAAGAUUGCUGGUAGGGUGCUGGAAUUAAUUUGAUGUUUGUACAAUAUUGUAGACCUCUGCUGGCUUCCUAUUAUCUAAUUCUUGUGACACAUACUUGGUACAUUUAUAUGUCCAUACAAUGUACUAAUAUUACAAACAAAUUGUAACACUACGCAUGUUGUAUCAGCGCUAUAAUAAAACGAGUUCCACACUUCC